AUGGUGAAGCUGAACAGUAACCCCAGUGAGAAGGGAACCAAGCCGCCUUCGGUUGAGGAUGGCUUCCAGACCGUCCCUCUCAUCACUCCCUUGGAGGUUAAUCACUUACAGCUACCUGCUCCGGAAAAGGUGAUUGUGAAGACAAGAACGGAAUAUCAGCCCGAACAGAAGAACAAAGGGAAGUUCCGGGUGCCGAAAAUCGCUGAAUUUACGGUCACCAUCCUUGUCAGCCUGGCCCUAGCUUUCCUCGCCUGCAUCGUGUUCCUGGUGGUUUACAAAGCCUUCACCUAUGACCACAGCUGCCCAGAAGGAUUUGUCUAUAAGCACAAGCGCUGUAUCCCGGCCUCCCUGGAUGCUUACUACUCAUCCCAGGACCCCAGUUCCAGAAGCCGCUUCUACACGGUCAUCAGCCACUACAGCGUGGCCAAGCAGAGCACUGCCCGGGCCAUCGGGCCGUGGCUGUCGGCAGCCGCCGUCAUCCACGAGCCCAAGCCGCCCAAGACCCAGGGCCAUUAG